AGAUUUCUAUCGAUACUUCGUCACGAUUUGAAAUGUUUCGCUUUAUUGUUGGUCCAAGCUGUCUUCUGAGAGCAUCAGUUCGAUUCUUCAGCGCCAGCUCCGUAGUAGCAAAACCUCUUCCUGAAGAAAAAGAGGUUGAUGGGGAGGAGAAAAAACGAGCAAAAGCCGAGCCGAGCGAGCGAUACUUGAAAUUCAAGGAGAAGCUCCUAUCGGAAGUCCCGCUGACUAGCCUACCGAAGACUAUGCCGCAUCCGGCACACGAGAAGGAGCCACUGAAGCGCUGGCCCAACAACACCAAUCCGCAUACAGGUGAGAUUGGGGGACCGCCCGGGCCGGAGCCCACGCGCUACGGGGACUGGGAGAGCAAGGGCAGGGUAACGGAUUUCUGAAAAUCGGAUGGAGCAGCUGCUGGGACGAGGGAACCAGACUUGGCUCACGAUCUCUGAUUUAUUGGCCAUGUUAACAACAGAAGCACCUACUAUUUGCUCAAAUCUAGUCGGCCUCAUCCCGCGCAACGGUAGCUUCAUCAUCAUCAUCAUCAUCAUCAUCAUUGUCUUCUGUGCUCUUCUGCGAAGGCGUUACAUAAAUUUUGAUUGUGUGGUUUCCAGAAUUUAUGUUGCGCCAGCAAGAAAAUUUAAAUUGAUGCUCGUCCGUCCAGCGAAAGGGUUCCCGGAA